AGAAGAAGAGAAGAGAGAGACUAUAUAUUUAGGCGACGCGAGACAGUGGAGAUAGUGCAUUCAGUGGAGCCUGUGCAGUGUACACAGCUCUCUCCUUCACUGUGGAUUUUCCUUCAUCCGUUGAAAGAGAGAGGCCAUGGGGCGAGUGCUGGAGCUGCUGAAGGUGUCCGCCCUCUUGCUGGCUGUGGGCGGGGACGUGGCAUGGGCGCGACCGAAGGGGGAGCUGUGGGCGGUGCUUGUGGCGGGGUCGAGCUCCUGGAUGAACUACCGCCACCAGGCCGAUGUGUGCCACGCCUACCAGAUCCUCCACCAACACGGGGUGCCAGACGACCAUAUUAUUGUCAUGAUGGAGGACGACAUCGCUUACAACCCUGAAAACCCCGACCCCGGCGUGAUCAUCAACCGCCCCGACGGACCCAACGUGUACGAGGGCGUCCCGAGGGACUACGUCGGCAGCAGCGUCACCCCGGAGAACUUCCUGAGGGUGCUGAGUGGCGACGCGGAGGGCUUGAGGGGCGUCGGCUCCGGGAAGGUCGUGCGAAGUGGCCCCAACGACCGCAUCUUCGUGAACCUGGUGGACCACGGCGGGCCAGGGAUCUUCGCCUUCCCUCGCUCGCUCCUGAAGGCCACCGACCUCGCCGACGCCGUCCUGGCCAUGCACCGCGACAGGAAGUUCGGCGAGAUGGUCUUGUACGUGGAGGCGUGCGAAUCUGGCUCUAUGUUCUCCAACCUUCUCCCAGACGAUAUCGGUGUCUACGCUGUCUCGGCCUCCAGCCCCAACCAGCCGUCCUACGCCUGCUACAUGGACGAGCACCUCAACACCUUCCUCGGCGACGUCUUCAGCAUCAAGUGGAUGGAGGACACGGACAGGGAAGACAUUCGUCGCGAGAGUCUGAAGAAGCAGUUCCAGAUCGUGAGGAAGGAAGUGACGUCAUCCACGGUCAUGCAGUGGGGGGAGAUCAGGCUCGACCGCCAGCACCUCUCGCAGUUCCUCGGGGGGAAGAAGGUCGCCUCGGGGGGGAGAAGGCGACAGCGAGGAAAUGACUUCUGCCUGAACACGGCGACCCGAGCUACGACGUCCCCGUGGCCGUCCUCGAGUCCCGCAUCCGGUCGUCCUCCAACCCGCAGAAGACGGAGGAUCUGAAGCAACAACUUGAGGGCCUCCGUCAGAACCGAACCUUCGUGUCAGCCGUCAUGGCCAGCCUGGUCGUCCACGUGACUGACUCCGACCUGGACAUGGUGGACAAAGUGAUGCACAAUUCCCACGGCAUCACCCGCUGGUCCUGCUACAGCGCCGCCCUCGACGUCUUCGACAAGGGCUGCUUCCGAUUGGCUGAGAACCCGUACGCCCUGCGAGUACUCCAGCCCAUAGUCAACCUCUGCGAACACGGCUACACGGCGGAGCAGUUCGCCCGCGCUGUUCAAGCCGUUUGCACUCACGACCCGGUCAGAGGCAUGGAGUGAGACCGAGGAGGACCUCUGAGGUGGAGUGGGGCCCCGAGGAGGACCUCUGAGGUGGAGUGGGGCCCCGAGGAGACCUCUGAGGUGGACUUGGGAAGAGGUCUCACGUUCCUACGUCUGUGUGUGUGGGUGUGUGUGUGUAAGAGAGAGAGAGAGAGAAGAAUAGUUUUUACUUGCCAUUUACAUCAUGAAUGACGCACAUACCAAAUAUUGCUAAUUGUUUUUGUUUUGUUUUGUUUUUGUCCGUGAUAUCGGGUACCAUUUGUACUUAUGAAAGAUAAGUUUUAUCCAGUGCGA